GAGAAGAAUGCAUGGUGGUUCCAGGUGCAGAACAGGGCUAGAGGCAGAAGAAGCCAUGAGAGCAGAUAGCCAGGUGCCAGACAGCUGAAUGCAGCCACACCACUAUCUGCAUCCAAGACCCCAGGAUGAGGGCUGUGCCGAGGUAGAGGAGGAAGAAAUGUUCUGUUGAGAGAGUGAGUGGACAGAGCAGGGUCAUUUAGGGGGUGAUCUAUGGAGGGCCCACAAUCUGUCAUGGCAGAUCUUUGUUGCUCCAAGCUCACAGAGAAGUCCCAUUCAAAAUGUUGUGGACUGAGAGAGGCUUGGGAUGCUAAGCUAAGGUUGUUCCUUUGUGUGGGUCAGGAAGCAGGGUAGAACUGUGGGCAGUAUCCUACAGGUGGUAUUCUAUUGUGUGGGUCUGACCUUGCUCAGGAAGUUGGGGCUUUCGGUUUCGGUUGCUGUGUAUUUGCUGUGUAUUAAGCAGCAGAAAGAUGAAGCUGCUCCUUAUUGGGAUACUGUUGCACAGCUAGUAAGCAGAUACACAGGGAAGAUUCCAGUUCAACCAGGAGAAGAUUUUUCUGACUCACAGAGAGCUGUGCAUAAAAACUGAGAGAGACCCCACACCUGUCUUCAGGGACCCUGUAACCCUCAUGGCCUCCAAAGUAUUAAGGAAACCCUUCAUCCAGGAAGUCACUAAGUAUCUGCAGGACUCAGCAAGCAGAAGAGACCUGCAGUUCCUGUUGGCCAAAGAAGAAGCCUGGAAGGUGUUUGUGGCAGAGGCUGAAUUGUCCAGAGAUGAGGAAGCUGCACUGCGUAAGGCUCUGAGGCAGCUCCUAGAGCUCCCAGUCGUGGAGGACAAAGAACGGCUUCAAAAAGAACUGCAGGACAGGAAGAGGUUUGCGGAAGAAUUUCCUCAGUUGAAAAAGAAGAUAGAGGGAAACAUCAGGAAGCUCCGAGCUCUGGCUGACCAUCUUGACCAGGUGCACAAGGGCUGCACCAUCUCCCACGUGGUGACCAACUCCACUAGCGUUGCCUCUGGAGUCCUGGGCAUCCUGGGUCUAGCUCUGGCACCUGUGACAGCAGGGGGAAGUCUGCUGCUCUCAGCCACUGGGGUGGGGCUGGGGACAGCGGCUACUGUGGCCGGUACUGCCACUGUAAUUGUGGAAGAAACAAACAAGUGGUCAGAUGAAGCCAAAGCCAAGCGCCUGUUGUCAGACACCAUGGAUACUAUGAAGAAGGUUCUUAUCCUGGAAAAGAUUGCUCUCACACUUUCUAAAAGGUUCUAUGGUAUCUUCAAACAAUUGCAAACCUUGGGACAAACCAUCCGUGCCAUUAGGGUAGCCAUAGCCAACCCUCACUUAGUGGCAGAUGCCAAGCUCCUCAUGACUGCUAGAAGAAUCUCUGCCCAACAAGCUAGUCAGGUGAAGAAUAUCUUUAAAGGCACUGCUCUGGCAAUGACCAAAAAGGCCCGAAUCAGAGGGGCAGCCACUGCAGGUUUCUUCCUCGCAGUCGAUGUGUAUGACCUUGUAAGAGAAUCAAUGCAUUUACAGGGUGGAGCAAAGUCAGAGUCAGCCAAAGAACUGCGGGCGCUGGCUCGGGAGCUAGAGGAGAAGGUGAGAGAGAUUGCCAAGAUCCACAAGACCCUCCAGGUUUCUUAGUGACAGCCUCCCCUGAGCAACCCAGAGGUCAGCUGAGAUGACGUAGACCGGUUAGAGGCACUGAGGCAUUUUGCUGGAGGAAGAAUGAGGUAGUUAGUCUUCACUGUCAUCUCGACACAACCUAGAAUCCUGUGGGAAGACAGUCUCGAGGAUUGUCUAGCUCAAGUUGUCAUGCUUGGGAGAGAUUUUUCUUUAUGACUCUAAAUUCCUUCACUAUGUGCAGCACUGUUCUCUAGGUAUGGUUCUGAACUGUAUAAGGAAAAGCAGGCUGUGCACCAGUAAACAUGCAUGCAGGAGCUCACUUCUCAUUGCGCUGGACUGUGGAUGCAUUGUGACUAGUUGCUUUGACUUUCUGCUUUGACUCCCUCAAUGAUGGACGAUAGCCUAGAACUGUGAGCUGAAUAAAAGCUUUCUCCUCUCA